AUGAACUCAUUGGCUUUCGUAGCAUUUUUCGCCGUUCUGGCUACAUCCUACUCCGCCCCAUCGGCUACCAUAGUCCAAGGUCCGAGUGCCAGAGCUACUGUAGUAGGAAGCGACGGUAGCGUCAUCUCCUCAGUAUCUCCUGGAGCUCAAAUCGUAGCUGAGGAACACCCCGGAGUAAUCGCUCACGCCGCUCCAGUACACCACGCUCCUGCCGUCGUCUCCACCUACUCGGCUCCUGCUGUCCUCUCUUACGCACACCCGGCUCCUGCUGUCGUCUCUUCUUACGCCCACUCGGCUCCUGCUGUGGUCUCCACUUACUCGCACUCUGCUCCUGUUGUAGCCGCUCAUGCACCAGUGGUCGCUUAUUCGGCUCCAGUUUUGGGCGCUCACUCGCUUGGAGCUCACACUCAAGUCGAUACAGUCGUCGCAGGACCUUCGGGUACCAUCGCUACCAGCAAGACGGUCGCAGCUCCUGCUGUAGUAGCAGCUGCACCAGUCAUCGCAGGCCAUGGAGUUCAUGCUUACGCUGCGCACGGUCACGGAUUGUAUUAUUAGAUAAUUGUAGUGUUUAAUUGGCUUUAAUAAAAAUUGUGAAGCAUACAAAGUUCUAAUACGUAUACCUAGGAUCGAAUUAAGUGAUCAGCAUAAAGCGAGUAAGUUUCGCCCGGAAUCGUCGAAUAACAACUUA